CCCCUAGGGUCGGCGCCCGGGGCGGCCGCCCUCCCCUAGCUACGCCUCUGGUAUAUAGAAGAUAGAUCUAUCCAUCUUAUUCUAAGUUAUUAACUCUGAUGAUUCUGGUAAACGUGUCAAUAUCAACAUGCCAUAUAAUAAUUUUUUAAAAUCUACCUGUUUGAGAAACCUGGUACAUUGGUUAAAUAGUACAAAUAAAAAUGGUUGUCUGGAUACGACGCGUUGAAAAUUGUAAACUUCAUCAGGCCAGUUUGUGAUGAAUGAAGGAAAAUGUCAGACUCAGAAGAUGAAUCCUUGGACAGACAGCUGAAAUUAGUUGUUCUAGGGGAUGGUGCAUCAGGCAAGACAUCACUCUGCAUGAGAUAUUCACAAGAAAACUUCUCCAAACAUUAUGGACAGACUGUUGGUCUAGAUUUUUAUUUGAAGAGAAUACAACUCCCCGGAAAUGUCAAUGUUGCGCUGCAAGUUUGGGACAUUGGGGGUCAAACACUUGGUGGUACCAUGUUGGACAACUACAUCUUUGGUGCUCAUGGUGUUGUUUUAGUGUAUGACAUUACAAAUUACUCCAGUUUUGAGAACCUUGAAGACUGGUAUAGUGCUGUGAAAAAAGUUUGUCACUCAGGACCUCUACCUCACAUUGCAUUAGUAGGGAACAAAAGUGACCUGGAGCAUAUGCGCAGUGUGAAACAAGACAAGCACCUGAAGUUUGCUCAGGACCACGCUGCUUCAAGCUACCUGGUGUCUGCUAGGACUGGAGAAUCUGUAGAUCUCUGCUUUCAGAAAGUGGCAGCGGACAUCCUUCAGGUCAAGCUGAGCAAGCCAGAGGUGGAGCAGUACCAGAGGGUGGUCAAGGCCCAGCUGACUGACUCCAAUAAUUCUUCACAACACAAGAUGGCCCCAGCACAGCCAACCAGCUCUUUGUGUACCAUUACAUAACUCAUAUCUUGUAGGACAGUGUCUCUUGUUGUAUGACAGCAUGUCAGUGUCUCUUGUUGUAUGACAGCAUGUCAGUGUCUCAAGUUGUAUGACAGCAUGUCAGUGUCUCAAGUUGUAUGACAGCAUGUCAGUGUCUCAAGUUGUAUGACAGCAUGGCAGUGUCUCUAGUUGUAUGACAGCAUGGCAGUGUCUCUAGUUGUAUGACAGCAUGGCAGUGUCUAUAGUUGUAUGACAGCAUGGCAGUGUCUCUUGUAUGACAGCAUGGCAGUGUCUCUUGUAUGACAGCAUGGCAGUGUCUAUAGUUGUAUGACAGCAUGGCAGUGUCUCUAGUUGUAUGACAGCAUGGCAGUGUCUCUAGUUGUAUGACAGCAUGUCAGUGUCUCUAGUUGUAUGACAGCAUGGCAGUGUCUCUUGUAUGACAGCAUGGCAGUGUCUCUAGUUGUAUGACAGCAUGGCAGUGUCUCUUGUAUGACAGCAUGUCAGUGUCUCUAGUUGUAUGACAGCAUGGCAGUGUCUCUUGUAUGACAGCAUGGCAGUGUCUCUAGUUGUAUGACAGCAUGGCAGUGUCUCUAGUUGUAUGACAGCAUGGCAGUGUCUCUAGUUGUAUGACAGCAUGUCAGUAUCUCUAGUUGUAUGACAGCAUGGCAGUGUCUAUAGUUGUAUGACAGCAUGGCAGUGUCUCUAGUUGUAUGACAGCAUGGCAGUGUCUAUAGUUGUAUGACAGCAUGGCAGUGUCUCUAGUUGUAUGACAGCAUGGCAGUGUCUCUAGUUGUCAAACGUCAAGUCUAGCUUAUAUUGAACAGGAAGGUGAGUGGAUGCCAGGCUUCAUCUAGAUAAGACUUGCUAUGGCAGACCAUCUUGGGAUAAGACUUGCUAUGGCAGACCAUCUAGAUAAGACUUGCUAUGGCAGACCAUCUAGAUAAGACUUGCUAUGGCAGACCAUCUAGAUAAGACUUGCUAUGGCAGACCAUCUAGAUAAGACUUGCUAUUGCAGACCAUCUAGAUAAGACUUGCUAUGGCAGACCAUCUAGAUAAGACUUGCUAUUGCAGACCAUCUAGAUAAGACUUGCUAUGGCAGACCAUCUAGAUAAGACUUGCUAUGGCAGACCAUCUAGAUAAGACUUGCUAUGGCAGACCAUCUAGAUAAGACUUGCUAUGGCAGACCAUCUAGAUAAGACUUGCUAUGGCAGACCAUCUAGAUAAGACUUGCUAUUGUUUUUGCAUUAACUACACUUCUUAAUAGCUAUGAAAUUAUAAUUCAAACUUAUAACAUUUACAUGGUAAACUAUAUCAAAAGAAUGGGUAUAGGUUUAUUGUGUGUGUAUAGAAAGAUUUUUAAUUUUAAACCAGUUUUAGAAUUUAGUUUUAAAUAAUUAGGAAUUUUCAAAAUUAAAAUAGUUAUUUAUUAAGGUUUGAAAAAAAAAGUAAUAUUUGUUUAGAAGGUAAUGGGAGAGAGUCAGUCCCCUACAGAUAAACAGGUAGAACACAAAUUACAGAGACAUUUGAGAUUUUUUUUUCACUACUAAUACUAUGUAUUUAAAUCUUAAUGACUAAUAUUGCUUUACCAUGACAAACAUGGCUAUACAUUUGUUGAGUUUUGUACUGUAAUAUCAUUGUGAAAAAUUCUCUUCCUAUACAAAUGACAAACGUGUGUAAAAUAUGAAAGUAAUACAUUUAAAAAAAAAUUAUUCUUGUAAAUAAAUAACUGAAGUCUUAAAUAUUGAAUGCAUAUUGUUUAUUGAUUAAACAAUGCACAAAUAUUA